UAUUUCCCCUUCCCGAUACCUCGAUUCCACCCUCCCUUCCCCGCACGAAACCCCCUCGCCACCCCGUCCAUGUCAGCCGCCGUCCGCUCCCGCGCCUCCGCCACCGCGGCGGCGGCGGUCUCCGCCGCGCGCCGCAUCCACGCGGGCCGCGCCGCGGAGCAGCAGCGCCAGGGCAACACCCCCGCCGGCCUCCGCCGCCCGUGGGCGCUCUUCCGCCGGCGCCAGCAGCAGAGCCACCUCCCCCGAGCCGCCGCGGCUCCGUUCCAGGACGCUGUCGCUGGCGGCUCGGACGCCGGGGAGCCGCCCGAGAUCUGGCGCCAGCCCGGGGAGGCCCCCGCCGCGCGCGCGGGCGCCGUCGGGAGGGUCGAUGUCGUUAGGGUUGCGGGUGGCGGUGGGGAAGGGUUUGACGGGAAGGACGGGGGAGGGGACGGUGGCGGGUGGGGCGGCUCCAACCUGGGACGCCGGUUCCCCACGCCCAAGGAGAUUUGCCGUGGGCUCGACAAGUUUGUCAUCGGUCAGGAGCGAGCCAAGAAGGUGCUGUCUGUAGCAGUUUAUAAUCACUACAAAAGGAUAUAUAGCGAGUCACUGUCCAGCCAGGCUGCUGGAGAUUGUGGCGAAAGUGAUUUUUGCAUGAGCGAUACUGACACGGUAGAGCUUGAGAAAAGCAACAUUCUUGUGAUGGGCCCGACAGGCUCGGGGAAAACACUGCUGGCAAAAACACUAGCAAGAUUUGUGAACGUGCCCUUUGUUAUAGCUGAUGCCACAACUCUCACUCAGGCUGGAUAUGUUGGUGAGGAUGUUGAAUCUAUUCUGUAUAAGCUCUUAGCGGCUGCUAAUUUUGAAAUAGAUGCUGCUCAGCAAGGGAUCGUCUAUAUUGAUGAAGUUGAUAAAAUAACAAAGAAGGCUGAAAGUAUCAAUCUUAGCAGAGAUGUUUCAGGUGAAGGUGUUCAACAAGCGCUGUUAAAAAUGCUUGAGGGAACGGUUGUUAGUGUUCCUGAGAAAGGGGCCAGAAGGCAUCCAAGGGGUGACAAUAUCCAGAUUGAUACAAAAAAUAUUCUCUUCAUAUGCGGUGGUGCUUUUGUGGAUUUGGAGAAAACUAUUUCUGAAAGGAGACACGAUUCUUCAAUUGGUUUCCAAGCACAGGUUCGUUCAAACAUGCGGACUGGUGGUGUCAUAAGUGCUGAGAUCACAUCUUCGCUAUUGGAAUCAGUUGAAAGUGGCGAUCUCAUUGCAUAUGGAUUAAUCCCCGAAUUUGUUGGUAGAUUUCCGAUUCUUGUUAGUCUAUCCUCCCUCAGUGAAGAUCAACUUGUUGAGGUUCUUACAAAGCCAAAGAAUGCCCUUGGGAGGCAGUACACAAAGUUGUUUGAAAUGAAUGACGUCAAGUUGCAUUUUACAGUGAAGGCUUUACGGCUUAUUGCCAAAAGAGCAAUAGCGAAGAACACUGGGGCUCGGGGUCUAAGGUCCAUAUUGGAAAGUAUAUUGACUGAAGCAAUGUAUGAGAUUCCAGAAACACGAACUGGAAAAGACAAAAUAGAUGCUGUAGUUGUUGAUGAGGAGUAUGUUGGAUCUGCAACUCAGCAUGGACUCGGAGCUAAGAUUCUUCGCGGAGAAGGAGCAUUGGAUCUCUAUCUGGCCAAGCAUGAUAAUAAAGAUACAACGGCCGACAAGUUGAACGGGGAAUCCGAGAUGGAUACAGAAGCUCCCUCUAGAGUGGCCAGCAUGUAGGGUUCCUGACAACAGUAGUUAUGUGUAUAAAUAACUUGUCAUAGGCCCCUAGCCAAUUCAAAUGUAAAGUUAUGCCCAUAAAUUCAUCAUGUAUAAGGUCGGUGCUGGGGUUACAAUUUGUUGUGGCGAAUUGGCGACUGAAGCUUGAUCCUUCGACUUUACCUUCAAGAGAAGUAAAGGGGAUAGCUAGUUUCUCA